GAGCCCGUUAUACAUCACCUGACUAGGUUCACAGACUACCGACAAGCCAGGACCGUAACCUGUGUUUUCACAAAAAAAUAAAAAAGAACCCAGUCCUACGCAAUACAAUAUUUUAACCUGGAAAUGUCUUUUUAAACCCACCAUUUGAAAGGCUCGUAAAAGACAUAAUCAUCAUCAGUAUUUGACCGGAAGAGAAGGACACGGGGUUUGACCGACCCUACGGGAUACCGGAUAGCUUUAUCGUAGGAGAAUAAUCGACGACAACGAGUUUCAUUUUUAAGCGUUUUUCUAAUGCCUAAUGUCUUUUUCUUCCGCUCGUGUUUGCAAGUUUUAUUACAAAAACACCCAGUUUGACGCAGAGCACACUCGCUUUGACUGUAUCGGAUUUUAUCACUAAUUAAAAACGAUAGUUAUUUAUAUUCAUUUUAUUACUUAUUUCCCGAGAGAGCUGUAAAAUACGCGGUUUACUCGGCGUAGGGGCGUUACGUAAUAGUGCCGCUAUCCAGGGUGCUGAAACAAACCCGUGCACAGAAGCUUACACUAAAUCUAUAGACUAAAUUGGACGAUACAUCAAAAUAUAUUAUUGAAGAAUUAAAAAAUAAUACCAAUAUUUUGUGUUAUCGAAUUUACUACACCAGUUCGUUUUGGUUGGAUAAUAGAAGAAAUCUAGUGGCAGUUUUAAAGGGCCAGUUUGUAUUCCGUCUCUUUUUUGUCGGCUAAUAGCCUAUGCAUUACGGCUGUCCUUCCCUUUUCCCCGGUGAGGUUGAUUCUUGAGGUGGUUGUAUAGACGCCAGUGGGAGAAAAUGUCGGGACAGACUCUGACGGAUCGCAUCGCUGCGGCGCAGUACCAGCUCACCGGGUCGGAUGUGGCUCGUGCCGUUUGCAAAGCCACCACGCACGAGGUGAUGGCGCCCAAGAAGAAGCAUUUGGAUUAUCUGAUCUCAGCCACCAAUGAGACUAACGUCAACAUCCCCCAGUUGGCUGACACGCUGUUUGAGAGAUCCACCAAUGCCAGCUGGAUUGUCGUGUUUAAAGCCCUCACCACGACCCAUCACAUCUGCAUCUAUGGCAAUGAGAGAUUUAUCCAGUAUUUGGCCUCAAGGACUUCCUUGUUCAACCUCAGCAACUUCAUUGACAAAACAGGCUCCCACGGAUAUGACAUGUCGACAUUCAUCAGACGAUUUGCGCGGUACCUGAAUGAGAAGGCGUAUGCUUACCGUGCAAUGGCCUUCGACUUCACCCGGGUUAAAAAGGGAGCUGAGGGUGUGAUGAGGACUAUGGCUCCUGACAAGCUCCUGAAGGCCAUGCCUGCUCUGCAGACUCAGAUCGACACACUGCUGGAGUUUGAUGUUCAUCCUAAAGAUUUGAACAACGGGAUCAUAAAUGCAGCCUUCAUGCUUCUCUUUAAGGACCUGAUCAAGCUCUUCGCCUCCUACAAUGAUGGCAUCAUCAAUUUAUUAGAGAAAUAUUUCAAAAUGAAGAGGUCUGAAUGCAAGGAGUCACUUGAGAUUUACAAGAAGUUUCUGACCCGAGUGACCAAGAUCUCAGAGUUUAUGAAAAUUGCUGAGCAAGUAGGAGUGGACAAGAAUGAUAUUCCUGACAUCUCUUAUGCUCCCAGCAGUAUUCUGGAGUCUCUAGAGACACAUAUGAACAGCCUAGAGGGGAAAAAAGGGGAAGGGUCACCUACAAAGGGAUCUCCCACCAAUAACGUUUCUCCGACCUCCACCCCCGCCAAAUCUGCUUCUGCUGUCCCCACUCUAGAGCCGCCACCCACCGAGGCCACACCCACUGAGGCCACGCCCGCUGCCGAGGCAGCCACUGAUUCUCUGCUGGAUCUGGACCCCUUGUCUUCCUCUGGACCUUCUGCAGGAGGCGCGUCAGCUGCUCCCACAUCUUGGGGAGAUCUGCUGGGGUCAGAUGUGUUUGCGGCCCCUGCGGCUGAAACAGCUGCUGCUGCAGAGGGUGGGGCCGCAGCGACCACGCCCACCCCUGCUGCCGACAGUACAGCUGCAACCGACCCCUUUACUCCAGCGACCGGUACUGCAGAUACCUCCCUUCAGUUGGACCUGUUCUCCAUGCAGCCAGUAGAUGACAGUAAUUCCUUCUUUAGCUCAGUGUCGCCCCCUUCUGGUCACACAUCCACUGCUGUCACCACCACCACCACCAGUACUGUAGUCCCUGCUGUCUCCCCAGCUCCAACGAUAGACCUGUUUGCUGGUUUUUUUGAUCCCGUGCCAGAUUCAUCCGUUCCCAAAACAGACCCAAAUCCCAGUCUAGAUUUGUUUUCAGCAGAUGUGUUUCGUCCACCCGCCCCUGCUCCAUCUGCCCCCAUGAGCUGGCCAGACAGUGGGGCAAAUCUGGACCUGUUUGGGGACUCCGCAGGUGCAGGUGAGGCCAAACCGGCCGCCCCGACUGCUGCGGCUCCAGGAGGAGAUCUGAUGUCAGCUUUCGAUGGAUUGGGUGAUAUGCUCAUGCCAGCCAUUGCCCCCCAGGCGAUGGGGGCGUCACCCAUGACCACCUCGCCAGUCAAACACAUGGGAGGAGACCUAGACUCAGCGAUGGCCAACAUGGCCAGCAAUCUUGCCGCUGGAAACCAGAAACCGGGUGAGGCAGCCGGAGGGGCAAACUGGCAAGCACAGGUACCCACCCCUAGCUGGGGCGUUGCCAUGAAUUCCCCUCGUGGGGUCUCUCCUAUCUUGGGAUCCCCGUCACUGUUUGGCAUGCCUGGAGCGGGAGCCCCGCCCAUGAUGCCUGGCUCACCGAUGAUGGCCGGCCAACAACCAAUGAUGAGGCCACAGUUUCCUGCCACAGGAGCCCCUGGACAACCGAUGUCUCCAGGAGUGGCCCAGAGUCCCAGGAGGCCCCCUCCUCCUAAAGAUCCCCUCGCUGACCUCAAUAUCAAAGACUUCAUGUAGAUGAGCAGCUUGUCAGAUGUCACACUUAUCGUGCAGCCCUGAUGAAAAAGACGCGUGUACUCUCUCUCUUCCGUUCAUCAGAUUCAAGACCCCUGACUCCUCUCUUUCUCUCCCCUUCUGUCUGUUGUUGUAGCACAAACCGUGAACGUGACUAAGUAUGUGUCUGUAUGUGUGUUUGUAUUUCAAUGUUCUGUUACUUCAGAUCUAUAUAUUUAAAAAUACUACAAAACGUGAAGAGUAACGGCAGAUGCAUUCUUGAAAGUGUAUCUGCGGGUUGAUUGAUGUGCAUUCUUUUACUCCUGGCUCACUUUCCAUGGGAAAUCAAAUCAAAAGUGUGACGUUUUCUGUGGAAAAUGUUUUUUUUUUUUGCCGUGGUAAAUAUGGCUGGGCCGAUUUGUGUCAUCAUCAGUCAAGUGUUACUUAUCGUUUUGUCCAUAGAUCUUCUGGGAACACACAAAUGAGUAUCAGUGUAUCACAGGUUAAACUAGCGUCUCAUGCACUGUUUUUAUCAAUGCCCUGAUUUGACUCUUUUUUUGUCCGUAUCUAUCGAUUGUGAGUUACAUGCAACAUGUGACUAUUUAAUGAAACUACAUAUGCAUUUUAGAAUAUUUUAAUGACAGCUGGUUUUGAAUAUCAUUAGUCUUUAUUUUGAGAUAAAAAGGUUGACUAUAUUUUAGUUAUGUCAGACGUUUACUUUACUACAUGGCUAGUUAGAUGUCCCAUUUGUAAAACAUUUGUGAACAUCACAAAACAUGAAGGCACUCUCUGAGCCGAUACUCGGUUGUUAAUCCUGCAAGUGUAUUAUCAUAAAACCACCAGUAAAUCCUUUGUUGUUCAGAUGGGAUUGAGACUGGUUUGAUUCUGUAAGCAGCAGGUUUACUUUGGUAGUUUAUGGUACUUCAGUCUGAAUAUCCUUAAUUUGAAAAUAAGUGACUGUCAAGUGUUUUGCAUUUCAAGUGACUGUACCGAAAAGUAUCUUCUAAAAGUAUCUAGGAAUUCAGAUGGACCAACAGCAGUCUGAUGGGACAGUAUUGCGUUUUAUUGAUAGCUGUUUUUUAUUUCAAUUGAAAAUUUUGUUGAUAAAUUUUAUUUUUGGAUGGAAUAACACCCUCUGCCCCACCCCACCUUUGUGCAUGUUAGUCCUGUUGAAAUGCAAUAAACAGUGAUCCGUGAAGAGAAGUUGGCGAGUCAUUACUGGGUCACUUUUAAAAAUACAACUUCACACAUUUACAUUGUUCAGAAUGAACUGAACUGGAACUGAGCUUACUUAUAAUUUACUGUUACAGUUACAAGUGGCACUUUAAAACACAAC